AUGGUUGAUGCGAGCGCCUUUGAAUCGAAGUACUACUUCGAUGUGAGCGAAAAUCAAUGGUGGGUGUUGUCCCGGGGUAAGUCUGAGUGGUCGCGCCUUAGUUUUGAGGCUGCGCGUUCUCUUGGACUUCACGAAGCUGUAUUGAGCGAGGAAUGUACCUUUGUUGAGUCUACAGUUGGUGAUUACAAGGCUGCGUUGUGUACUGGUUCGUCGUUGCGUGAGCCAGUUUCGUCACAUGCGUCCGAUGUUGACGAUGAUGCUGUACCUCCUGAAUCUCUGCCAUCAAUUCAGUAUGGCAAGAGUUUAAGUUCUCAAUCGAGUAUUCUGCCUAGUUCUAGAUCAAGAUUGUCGAAUAGUGAUUCUUUUUCUAAGGAGGAAAGUCUUCAAGUAAGGUUCAGUAACGAGAGCAUCGUGUAUUCUCCUGCGAACACUGGUGCUUUUGAUGGCCCUGAUUUGGCUGCUCGUUCUGUGUCAGCACCUGAUUGUACUAAUAUGGAGUCUUCAUCGUCCGUUGUUAGCGGUUUUGACCGCCAGGGUACAUCUGGCAGUGCGAUUUUCAAAGAUGAGUUUAACAAGUUGACGAAUGAGACUUCUGGUGUUAUAUCUACGUCUGAUGGUGAAUCUGCUCCAUCUACUUUGACUAAGGUUGAAUCUUUUGUUCGUACUGCGGUGCGUCACGCUACUAUGAAAGACGGUACUGGUUUUGGUGAUUGCAUCCGUGCUGUGGCCGUUGAGCGUGAGCGUAUGCAGAAGUUAGGGAACUCUUCUGGUGCGGGUGAGCGUUAUGAGAAGAUGCUUGACCGUGCUCGUACUCUUGCGGCCAUAUCUCAAGAGGGUGAAGGUGAGGCUCGUCGUGAGCGUAGCAUCGACGAGCGUCGUCAGACGUUUAUGCGUGACUUGCGUAUGGAAGUUAUGGGUGAUGGAGGUGCUGUUAGUGCUACAGUUGAUGUAUCAUCUGGCUCUGACGAUGAUACUGAGUUGUCAAAAUCGGAUUCUUUGAAGAAUUUGAUGUCGCAGCGUAUGUCGCUUCGUCGUGGUUGUACUCUUAAGAUGUCGCGCAGCCGUCGUCGUCAAUUAGGUUUAUCGGUUCGCGAGUACGAGGAGAGUGUGAUUCUUGAGCGUAUGUUCCAAUUGGCUCAGCGUCAUCGUUGUGCAACAUGUUUGGUUCGUAAACCAACCCAUGUAGACCAGGAGCGUGAGGAGUUGCUGUGUGAGAGUUGCGCUCGUCGCGUUCCUUAUAAGGUUCGUAUCGGCCACGAUCACAUUUCCCGUGUAUUAUUGGAUCGUCUUGAAUCUGCUUACGACCAUCGUUCAUCUCGUAAUCGCAUAUCUGGUCAUAAAUCUGAUAAGAAGAAGCACGGUUCGCACCGUCUUAAGCAUUCUCCAUCUUCAUCUGACCGUUUCGCGUCAGCACGUCAUACUGAGAUUCAUCAUCGUCGUGUUCCUAGUUCUAGUAAACGUCGUCAAUCUUUAGAUAGCGUGUCUACUGAGGAGAGUGUUGCACGUGAUACUCGUCGUUCAGGUUGGCCUGGUCAUCAUCGUUCAUUUUCGUCAUCUUCAAGUGUUGCUGGUCGUGUUCGUUCUCCUGGCGUUCCUCAUGUUGAUGAAGAUUUAUUUUCUGGUGGUCGACAGAGUCAUUACAGGAUGGAUGCCCGUGAUCUUCGUUACGGUGGUCGUGAUGCAGUGUGUCGUCGUAAUGCCUCCCGCCCUGACUAUGUUACCGACUACCAGCCGCCAUAUUCUCGUGGACACAGCGAGAAUAUGGCACCUCAUCGUCCUCACAGGGACCCUUAUGGUUACGACAUGCCGUUAGUUGAUGACAUGCCGGGGAUGAAAGGUAGCAUGAUUCCGCGUCGUCCGGCUUUACGCGAUCCUCCUAAUCACUGGGAUCGUGGUAACCGCAUACCGCAUAAUGGUCCUCCUGGUCCUGGUUAUUCGGUAUUACCGGUUGAUCCUCGUAAGGGUGGCGCUGGCGUGUCGCGUGUUGACAAUCCCGUUGGUGCUGUUUCAUCUAAAGAGUACAUUUCUGGAGUUCGAGAGCAAGAUGUGGGAUAUGAGCAGCCUGGGUGUCCGUUACCACGUUUAGCUGUUGGUAGCAAUCCAUUUUCUACUGGUUAUGGCCGCGACCGUGUCUCCGGUCGAUUUGACCUGAGCAGUAUGCGUUUGGCGUUACCAUCAGUUGAUGUGUUACCUUCAUCUGGUGUUGGUUGCGAUGUGAUGCCAUCCGUGACGGCUUCUUAUCGAGGCGUCGCUGCUUACGGCGGGUUGUAUGAUCGUCGUGCGCGUCACUAG